CAAGCAGCGUAACACUGUGAGCCAAAAAGCGCUGUCGUGAGGCCUCAUCCGGCCCUAACAGCUGCUUGAACGCUGUAUCGGACACCCGACGGGGCGCCCCAGCGACCGGACCCAGCCUGCCCCGCGAAAUCCGUCUGGGGCAGCCCAACACCAGAGACUAUCUGCCAGGGUAGCGCAGCGGCUCCGAUGAGGGCACCCCUCGCAUGCGCCUUCGUUGCGGCGGCCGCCGCCUUCCCGAGCCUGCGACGAAGGAUGGCCAUUGAAGAGAAUCAGCCGCGCGAGCAUACUGCGAUUUACGUCUGGGACAAGGCCGUCUGGUUCGCGCCGCACGGUCACGACCCGGCCGAGCCGCCGGACGAAUGGACGCGGCGACGCCUCGGCGACUACGAGAACGACUACGAAAAACCGGAAGCCCAGGACUCGACCAAGAAGUGCUUCAUGAUCGCGAAGAAAAUCCGCGUCAACUUCGAGAUCGACCCUCUCUCUGGAGACAAGUACGGGUGCAUGAGCUGCGAUCCCACGGUAGGUUGGCCGACGGGCAGCUGCCCCACGCAAAAGAAGUGUCCACAGACGGAAGAGGACGCGAAGCCCUGCGACAAGAUGGACUGCCAGGUGUACGUCGACCAACUCUACGAGUAUUGCCGCGGGAAAAAGGGCUUCCUGUUCUUCGUGCCUGAGCAAAAGCCGAAGACCCUCCCGGCGGGCUUCUUCUACGACCCAGAGGACACUAUUACCGGCACAUGGAACGACGAGGUCGAGCAGGCGAUCAAGAUCGCGGUAGAAAAAUGCGGCUGCAACGGCGCCGCCGGCUCGCGCGCGUCGCUAGUUUUGGCGGUACUUGUCGCGGCGGUGGGCGUUUUGCUCGCGUAAGGAGAUUUGUGUGUA